AUGGUAAAUGAAUGUGAUUACUCUGACUGUGAAAAGCACAAAAGGCUAGGGGAAAGCCUGAAGGGUCCAGCGCUUGAAGUUAUACAAGCAGUACAGGAAACCAACAGUGAUGCAUCACCACAAGAUUACCUUAAAGCAUUGGAGAACAAUUUUGGUAGUACGGAAAGUGGGGAGAAUUUAUAUUUCCAUUUCCGUGCCACUUGUCAACAGACUGGAGAAAAGUUAUCAGAUUUUCUUCGCUGUUUGGAGAGGUUGUUGAGGAAGGCAGUGCAAAAAGGUGGUUUAGAAAGUUUCAAAGCCAAUAGAGCCAGAGUAGAGCAAUUAAUCAGAGGGGCCCACCCUAAUGAUUUAAAAAUAGUUUACCUGCGGCUGAGAGAACGCCAGGAGGACCCUUCAUCCUUUCUAACCAUCUUAAGUGAAAUUAGGAACGAAGAGGAGCAGGAGGCAGUGCGCCACCCAGUGGAUGUUUCUGUUCGUACAGUGCAACCAGCUCAAGGGCCUACUAUGGCUUGUACUGAACUAGUGGGUUUGAAGAACCAGAUUCGAAUUUUAGAAGAAGGUAUGAUUUCUUUAAUGAACCAAGUUAAUCCUGCUAGUGAGGAGCCAUCUGAGGGAAGAGUGAGGGAAUCGGCCCCACCAAGAAGUAAGUCUGCAGUGCACCGUGAACUGGAGACUGAAUUGUGGAAACAGGUUCAAGAACUAAAACAGGAUGUGGCCUCCCUCAAAGUGGAUCCCAUGGUUACUGAUAAAACAGAAAUCUUGCACAGCCAGCACAAAGCAAAAUCAGAGUCUGGUGGAACAGGACAGUGGAGGAGACCCCAGAAGACCAGUGGAUGGGUAUCGUUUUGUUUCCAGUAUGGAAAGAAUGGGCACAUGGCAGCAAAGUGUGAUGCUCCCGAGAAUACUCAGUUGGUUAUAAAGAAGUUCACCCAGUUCACAAGGACACAGAGAAACUCCAACGGGGCCCAGUGA